UUGCCUUUUGAAGGACCCUUUCCGGUUUCCGCCAUCUGCGCGCUGGUGGUGGAUCGAACAUCAAGAUGCAGAUCUUCGUGAAAACCCUGACGGGGAAAACCAUCACCCUUGAGGUUGAGCCCUCUGAUACCAUUGAAAAUGUCAAGGCCAAGAUUCAAGACAAGGAAGGCAUUCCUCCUGAUCAGCAGAGAUUGAUCUUUGCUGGGAAGCAGCUGGAAGAUGGACGCACCCUGUCUGAUUACAACAUUCAGAAGGAGUCUACACUGCAUUUGGUACUGAGGCUGCGUGGUGGCGCUAAGAAGAGAAAGAAGAAGUCCUACACCACUCCCAAGAAGAACAAGCACAAGAGAAAGAAGGUCAAGCUCGCUGUGCUCAAAUACUACAAGGUCGAUGAGAAUGGUAAGAUCCACCGUCUGCGCCGUGAGUGUCCUGCAGAUGAGUGUGGCGCUGGGGUGUUCAUGGCCAGCCAUUUCGACCGCCAUUACUGCGGGAAGUGCUGCCUGACCUACUGCUUCAACAAACCAGAGGACAAGUGAAGUGCAGCCCUGACAACAUGCUCUGUUGUAAACAAGAGAUUGUUUAUGGAGUUUGUACUUUGUAAAUAAAGAUGUGGCCUGUCACUCAAAAA